AUGCACCGUCUCCCGCCUUUGACCACCAGAAUAGUCCAAGUCUCCUGUGCCAUUAUCUGGUGUCUUGUAGCCGCUGGGCCCGUUUUUGGGUUUGCUGCGCUCAAGCCUAUCCUCAUAAGUGAAGGCAUUUAUAGGGAGAGAUGUGAGGCUUCUUCUGCCGGGUUGGCCCUCUGUGAUGAGCAGGAUUUGUCGUUGAAUUUCCUCUUUACACUUGCAUGCAUGGUGACUAAUAUUUGUGCUCUUCCAGUCGGAUCCAUUCUUGACUCGUUUGGGCCAAAAGUUACGGGCAUAAUCGGCUCUAUAUUGUUGGCUCUCGGUGGCUUGACGAUGAGUUUUGCAGCCCACAUUUCGUUUGUAGAUCCAUAUCUAACCGGUUAUACUUUUUUGGCAUUGGCUGGUCCAUUCGUGUUCAUCUCCUGUUUUCAAUUGGCCAACAGCUUUCCAAAGAACUCGGGCCUCGUAUUGGCUUUACUCACUGGUGCUUUCGAUUCAUCUUCAGCUUUAUUCCUAUUCUACAGAUUGUACUAUACCGAAAUUCUGCAGUUGCCAUUAUCUAGGUUUUUCAGCUACUAUUUGGCCGUACCAGUAUUUAUUUUCGUAGCCCAGGUGUUCAUCAUGCCUACAGAAUCGUACAAAACAAUCGGAACAUUAGCCAAAAUUGCUGAAACCGGAAUUGACGAGACUGGAAGACCUUUGGAUGACGAUUUAUUACUUCCAGAGGACCGCAAUGAUGAUUCCACAAUUCGUUCAGAAUUUAUCAUCCAGCCUUCUAUCACGGAAACAACUUCCUUGUUAAUGCAUAGAGCCUCUUUUGGUAACGCCAGAAGAGCAUCAGUGAUUCUGCGAAAUUCUAUAGCUUCCAGAAACUCAAUGAAGUCAGUCUACGAACAGGAGGCAGAUGCUAUACUUACCCACAAAUCUGGUGGAGUAUUUGGCAUCUUGCACGGUUAUCCUAUAACAGAGCAGUUCCAUUCAUGGUGGUUCUACUUGAUGACGAUUUUUACCACCAUCCAGAUGUUGAGAAUUAACUUCUUUGUCGCCACAGUCAAGGCUCAGGAAUUAUACUUAUACAAUGGAGAUGAAGAGAUAGCAACUGCUAUUAACCAAUUCUUUGACUUGGCUCUACCUCUAGGAGGAUUAAUCGCUAUUCCUUUCAUAGGAUUGAUUCUAGACAACUUGACCACACUAGCAGUAUUGUAUAUCUUGACAAUCUUAUCAGUUUUCAUAGGAGUAAUGGGCUUUUUUUCAUGGUUACCUGCUACGUAUGCUGGAAUCAUGGCCCUUGUCGUUUACCGUCCGUUUUACUACACCGCUAUCAGUGAUAUCAGUGCCAAAAUAUUUGGCUACGAUAAUUUCGGCACUAUCUACGGAACCAUCAUUGCCUUUUCAGGUUUCUGUAAUAUCCUACAACAGGUAUUUGACAAGGUAACACACGAGGUCUUCCAUAUGAACCCUACCCCAGUCAACCUUUCUCUUACAGCACUCACUGCUAUCAUUGGCUCAUUGAUGGUGGCUUACGUGAGAUCGAAGGAAUUGGAAUUAAAGAGAAAAAACUUGGAAAUCGAAGCACUGGAAGCUGCCAGUGAGUUCAUUCCUACGUAG